AUGGCCCUAUCUUCAAACUCAACUUUUGGUAACUUGUUAGUACCGGCUGCCCACGAUGACGAUGAGAAUCAGAUUCGGACACUCUUCACUCAAGUCGUCGACCUUGGCAUUGAUUUCAGAGCAUCUGAUACAAUCUUUUCGGAAGAGACAGAAGCUUCGCCAAGUAGAAUCAGCUUUGACAAGAUACCCGAGUCUGGCCUGUCAUAUGAAGAACUUAUCCAGCAGUUCGCAUCUGUUGCCAGCAAGAGCAGCAAUUGGGGAUCUCCAAAUUUUCUUGGAUUCUCUGAUGCAGCCAACAACGUAGCUGGAUUAGCAGCCGCCUUGCUAAUUCCGCUGCUGAAUCAGAAUAUAGCAAACCAGGAGAUAUGCUCUCCGGAGGCUACUUUUAUUGAGAUGGAGGUAGUCCAUUGGCUACGAGAGACGCUUGGAUACCCAGUACCAGAGACUUAUACCAAAGCCAGUGGCAUCGGCGGAGUUUUAACUCUUGGCGGGUGCCUCUCGAAUACUAUCGCGCUUCUGGCAGCAAGAGAGAAGUGCUUUCCUGGUUCAGGUAUACAAGGCAUCCCGGUGCUACCUACCAAGAUACGUGUGCUGGUACCGAGUGUCACGGAACAUUAUUCUAUACGCUCAGCUAUGGCAUGGCUAUCACUGGGCGAGAAAAACGUCAUUCGUGUUCCUGUUGACAGCAAAUUUCAUAUGGAUCGAGAAGCCCUGAAGCAAAUUAUUGACCGAGAAAGAGAGUGCGGAAACAUUAUCAUGGCCUCAAAGAUUCUCGAAGAUAAGAAUGUUUGGUUUCAUGUCGAUGCAUGUCAUGGGAGCCAGCUUGCUUUUUCAGAAAAGCAUCGUUAUAAGCUAAGAGGUAUUGGAAAGGCAGACUCGAUCACGAUCGACUCUCACAAAACCAUGCUCGUUCCGUAUAACUGCUCUCUAAUACUCUUCCGAGACCCCAGUACUCACGUGGCGCUCUCAACCAAUUCAGACCUGAUCCUGAAUACUCAGUGGUCGUUGGGUCGAGUCACCCCUUUUAUUGGAUCAAAAGCAUUCGAUGCGCUCAAAAUUUGGUCUACCAUCAAGCUCUUCGGAAGGCGACGACUUGGACAGAUAAUUGAUGAACGUCUGGAGCUCACUAGCGCCAUCCAGGACGAGGUAACACAACGGCCGAAUCUCAUUCUCCUCAACAAGACGGACAUUAAUUCAUGUAUGAUGGUAUACAUCCCCUUCCAGAUACAAGAAUACUGCAUCGAGAAAAUUAUUCCACUUUCAGACGCAGACUUGGAAAAGAUCAACCUGAUGAACCGUCGAAUCAAAGACACUGUUCGUAAAGAGGGUAUGUAUUACAUACACGGCUUCCCUUUACAAAGUUGUCCACACGAACGCUUCAUCACUCCGGACAAGCAAGUCUUUGUAUUGCGAACUAUGAAUGGCAACCCUCUAUCAACAAUCGAAAACGCCAAGGGCUUGUUGGACAGAAUUGAGAGGUUAGGCCAGCUCUUCUUCUCAGAAGCUGGAUACCGAUGUAUCCAAGCUGGCCCAUCGUUGAAUCACCUACGCAGAGCCGAAGACAAGCUCAGCCAUAAGAUACGAAACUUAUUUGGGAACCAAGAUUUCGUAGCUGUGGUUUAUGGCUCUUCUGCACUGCCGAGAAACGCGAUACUAUCCGAUAUUGACCUCAUGGUCUUCAUCCGCAGUGUCGAACCUGGACAACGAGAGGACAUGGUAACUGCCUUCCGAUCCAUCAUGAACCAAGAAAGUAUUCUAGUCGACGACGAGGUACCGCUAAGUCGGAAGCUCUCAAUACCAUUUGAACUGGCAGCUAGGGCAGCUGAAUCUGGCCCUGUAUUGGAUGAUGCAGGUGAAAUACGAAGCAUUUGCAAAACGCCCGAGUACCUUUCUUCAAACAAAAUGCUGCAACGUUUGAUCUUCGGUGUUCUUACAACACCCAACAGAAUCAUCGCGGCAAAUGCGAAUGGUGCAAGCUCAUUUGAAACCUUGAAGUCCAACGCAGGCAAAACGCUGGUUGGUCUGAUCCGCCAACUUCACCAUGCUUCAUUCAGUACAACCGACGAGUUUGUAAAACUCGCGAUUUCGGACGGGGUUCGUAGUGGAGAACAGUAUCUUGGCUAUAAGGACCGUUCAGAGGUUGUGGAAAAGCUCAGUCAAAUCUUCGACAAAGCUUAUGGCUCUGAGUAUGGACGACCUGUGGACCCUGAUUCUUCCUGA